GCGCAUGCGUAUUCCACGAAACCAGUCUGGCAGAUGUGACUUUUAUUUUUCAUUGCAUAUAUUUUGUUUAAUUCUGCACCGUAAAGUCAAAUCGUUAUGGCAAAGCAAGUGCUGAGAUUAGACCCAGAUAUUGAACUAAAAUUCAAAGGACCAUUUACAGAUGUUGUAACAUCAGAACUAAAGUUGACCAACCCCUCAGACCAGAAAGUAUGUUUCAAAGUUAAAACCACAGCACCCAAGAGGUACUGUGUCAGACCAAACAGUGGCAUCAUAGAUCCAAACCAAAGUGUGAAUGUAUCGGUGAUGUUGCAACCUUUUGACUAUGAUCCAUUGGAGAAAAAUAAACACAAGUUUAUGGUUCAGACUAUGUUUGCUCCAGAUGGUCCAAUAGAAAGCCAGGAACAGUUGUGGAAAGAAGCCAAACCAGAAAUGUUAAUGGAUUCAAAGUUGAAAUGUUUGUUUGAAAUUCCUAAUGAUAAUAAUCAGACGAGGGAAGAAACAGAGAAGGUAAAACCAGUGAAACAAGUACAGUUAGAAACCUCACAAACAGUAAAGUCAAGUCCUGAAUCAGAAGGAAGAAAAGGCGAUUCAGAUAAACAAAGAUUACAAGCUGAAAUAGAAAAGUUACAGGAUGAAAAUAAAUCAUUAAAGGAUAGUGAAGCAAGGUUAAGAAAAACGGCCCUAACAGAAACAGUGUCAUCAACACCAUCAUACACACCUACACCAGAAACUAAACAGGAUUUACUGAGUCAGAUAACAGCGUUCCCUAAUAUAGUUAUUAUUAUUGCUGCACUUAUUAUAGGAGUUCUUCUGGGGAAAAUGCUGUUAUAACUAUAACUGUACAUGUGAAUGCAACAAAGUGACUAUAAGACUGGACUUUAAUAACUUUUAAAGAAAUAGACAUUUUAAUUUGUAACUGUCAAUGUUUAAAUUUAAAAUAAGUAAUUUGGUGUAAUAGUCUGAUUGGAACAAGACCAAAUUAGGAAGCUUAUCAUUCAUCACUAUAGUGGUCGGUUAAGGACUUAUUUAGCUUCAAAGUAUCUCGUUUAGAAAAAGUUGGAAAUUUGGUCCUAAUUUUUGCUUCUAGUUAUUUUUACAAAUUUUUUUUAUUAAUAUAUUUGAAUUAUUAAUUGUCCUUUUUUGUGAAUAACACAUGUUUUUAUUAAAAUUGUGGUUCAGUUUUCCAACAAAAUUGAAUGAUAAGGAAAUGUGAUAUACAAGAUGUUGAAAGUAGCACUACAUAUAUAAAAAGCAAACACUUUUAAGGAAUAUGAGUGAAGUGGAAAUAAUUAACGAUAGUGAGGGAUUUUGUAAUCACUCUGUGUAAUAAGAUUUUGUUGUUAUUUAAGUAAUUGAUAUAGAUAAUGCCAGAAAUUCAAUUAAAAAUAUAUAAAACUCAUGGAAAAGAUGAGCAGAAGACAAGUCUAAAAAAAUGAAGUCUUGUCAAAUAAAAUGAAAAUUGAUAGGGCACUUGUUCUACACAUGUGUUUAACUUCCAAAACGUUAUCUGCAUGCAAAAAAGUGGCAAAAUACAAGCAGUCUUGUGUAUUUAUUAUAUUUCUAACAUUAAACAAUACAUGAAUGCUAAAAUCAUUUCUUAAUUUCAAAAGUGAUGCAUGUUAUAAGUCAUUAUUGAAUGAUAUAAUUUCAUACUUGUAUGUACUUUCAUCAAAUUGAUAGAAUACUAUAUGGUGUAUUAGAUGUGUUCAUGCAUAUGUAUUAUAUGAAAGGUGUAUUAUCAUUUAACUUGUAUGUUUUAGGAGUUUUGUUAUUAAAAACAGUUUGAUAAAGCAUAUAGUUCCUGGAAUAAUUUUAUACUUAAUCUAUCGAAAAUUCUAUUAAGGUGCUAGCUUUGAAUUACAUUAUAUUUUAAUUCAUUACAAAUCUGGUUUUGCACAAAACCCAUAAAAUUAUCUGAAAUGUUGAUUAUAGGAACUGUAUGACUAUCUUUCAAAGUGAACUGAAUGAUGAUCAUGUGCACAUGUGCAUCUUUAGGCCUUUGUACAAAUGUUGUAUAUUUCAUUUAUUAGAACAAAAAUUUAAGUUGAUGCACUGUUUUAUUUUCCAUGGUCUUAUUUUGUUUUGUUUUAGUUUUUUUAUGAAAAUGUUUACUUUUUCCAUUGUUAUUCUUUUUGUUUGUUUAGACUGUUUAUUUAAAUAAGUUCUUUUCUUAAGUAUUGCCUUAUUUAAACUAGGUUCUAUGAAGUCUAGUUGAAGGUCCAUAAUUUCUUUUGUUUUAUUUAUGAAAGACAAUAAAAUAAAAAGAAAACAAUUUUAUACUUUCACACCCACAGAAUACGGAACAAUAAUAAAAUGUUGUACAAAUAUGCGAUACAUUUCUGCUAUCUGACAUUUAAAACUUGAAAUCUUAUACAGUGGUUGUGACAAUUAUGCCAAAAUAUAGGGAUUUUCAGAGGUAAGAAAGAAAUAUAAAGUCCCCUUGUACAUAUGUCUCAUCACAACCAUAUCAAAGCUUUGGGUAUUGUAUUGAAAAGAAGAAAUAUGGAGUAGUUUUGUAACAUGUUGGUUGAUACUUAAUAUGCAAGUUUUUCUUUCUUAAAUUAUACUCGAACAUAUGUCAGUUUUGAUGUAUGAUAUUUAUAAUUUAUUAGAUAAGAUGUUACAUGUAUUUAAUACAAUAUCUUCUAUUUUCCUGCUACCCAAUGCAUAACUGAAUAAUGUUCUCCCUUGUAUGGAAAUAUUACAUAUGUAAAUUGAAGCUCUUUCUUUCAAAUACUAUUAACCAGCUUUCUAGAAUACCAGUGAUAUAACACUUAUUAAAUUUUCAUAAUUAUUAUUUAUUAAAAAGACUUUCUGACGUAUAAUCUUAACAGGAUAAUUUUCUGGGGUAAUAGUGCAGAGAAGAGAUGGGGAAAUGCUGGACACCUGUCUUGAAUUGAAAAUGUCUGACUGGAAUACAUUUUAUUUAACAUUAGCUGUGUAUUGACAACUCCUUACUUGAAUUAUUAAAUGAGUGGUGUAUAUAUUUUAUAUAUGUUCUUUACAAUGAAAAUAACAUUGAAAGCACCUUACUCUAUUUCUUGUCUGAUUUAUACUUUCCAAACCUUUGUAAAUAUAAGCAACAUGCGGCUUGUCUUGUCCUAAUUUUCUUCUUCGUUGGUUUAAAUUCUCUUAUCUCCCUGCUUUUGCACAAGUGACUACAUGGAAAAAGGUUUACAGUAUGACAUUACACACUUAUAAGCAUUUUUGCAGAUAACCAAAGAAAUAAAGUGAAAGUUUGUCUAGUGGUUAUCUAAAAAUCAUUACAGAAACAGAUUCUACCGCUGCAUGCAUACACUACUUUCUCAAUGUUCCAAGACUUAAAUUUGAAAUUGAAUUAUCUUGGCACUUAAAAAAAUUGUAUGUGUUAAGCUUCAGCCUUCAACAGGUUGCACUUGUAUAAAAGGAAUCACAAUUCCUCUUAAACAGUUCAAUCCACAUUUUUUUUAGGCUAUAAAUUGGUGUUCAUUUUGAUUUUCAGUGUUUCUGAUGGUUAUGGUCUUGUCGGUCCCUUGUAUUUUUUUUUAUUUCAAAUUUUCCCCUUUGGCAAUGUCUUUUGAAAGAGAAUUAACAUGUUAAGAUUGUUUAUAUAUAAAAUUUAGUAGUUUCUUUAGGUUAGACGUGGACCAGUCUUCUUUUAUUUGAUGCUUUAUUACCAACUACAUUGUGUUACCAGCAGAAUUUAACAUGAGUAACACCAGAAUGUCACUAGUGGAACAACAGUAGUCUUCUUCUUCGAUUCAUGUUUUUUAUUAUAUUUUUCUCUCCUUUUUUUGACACUGGUACAUUUUUAUAUUGUGACAACUGUGGAGAGAAAAGAAAUAUCUAAUGAAGACUUAAAUUAGUAACAGUCAGUUGGAAGAUAUAGAUUCUUUCCAUUUCCAUGUUUUUCACAAGCUUCUAUUUGAAAAGUUCAAUUUAUCAAUUUGUUCUUUACAUUACAAGUUUGCCAUCUGGUAAAACAAAAAGCAAAAAAAAAACAUCACUGACAACUUGAAAAAAAAGGUUAUCUCCCAUACUGCGAGGAAUACAAAUGCACAACUUUUUCACAAAAUAAGUGAAUAAAGUGGAUAGAUAUUAAGUUAGGCAAAGGUUUACAAGACCAAAAUGAUACAAUUGCUGAUGAACAUAUACCAUUAGACUUAAAUUAAGGAAAAGGCAUAAAUGACCAAAAUGAUAUAAUUCCUGAAUGACAUCUACCUGUAAAUUAAAAAAAGACUGAUAUUUUAUACUAGUAUAUAUGUAGUUUUCAUUUUUUACAUCAUAUUUCAACAUUAGUAUUGGAUAGUUUGGUUUAAACAUGAUAUAAUUAUUUGUUUCCUCAUUUUAGAAUGUAAUGUCUAAGAACUGACAGUGUGCAAACUUCAAAAUACCAAAGCCAAGUCAGGUUUUAAGUACCGAAACUUGAGCAAGGGUGGCAUGGGAUAUUUCAAAAUAAUUUAUUAAGACUUUAUUACUGUUAAAAUUUAUCUGAUCAAUUAUUCCAGUCAUAUUUGUGCAAUUUAAUUGAGAAUACUUAAAUGGUUUUCAGUGUAAAAUCAUGUAUUUUAUUUAUGUGGUGACUUCCUGCUUUGAAUGUAAUACAAGUAAUCAGUUGUAUAUUCAGUAUGUAACAUUAUAGGUGUAAACAUUCUAACUGAUGUUACAUAACCAUCAUUUCUACUGCUUCAACCAUUUGUUACUUUCAUGGGACAACAUUGAAGAAUAGAAUGGAGAAAGUCCUGAAAUGAAAGUGUACAAGUCAUUUAGUUUGUUAAAAUAAACUUUUAUGAUGAUA